CUUUCAGUAACGGAAGUCCACCCACUCACGCAAUUUUCUGUCUACUCUACAUCUCAUUGGCCAAUAGUACGCUGCUUCCUGCGUAUCCCGUUUCUAAUUGGUUAACAUCAUUGUUUGCCGGAUGCAGGGUCUGGGCUGCAGUGGCCAUGGCGGAGGUCAGCGGCUGUUGGAGAAGUGGAGCACACAAACUCUCUGCUUUUAUAACACUCCGGACGCAUCAUCAUGUGUCCGCGGCUGAUACGCGAGCGAUGUGUCCGUGUGCAGAUGAGUUUGUAAGCGCCGCCAGUUCAAGUUCACCUGUGGGAGUGUUGACCUGUGAUCGGCUCACUUCUCAUCAGCCCGCUGUCUCUGUAUGGACUGUCAGGACUCACGAAAGGACAUGCUUGAUGAAUACACAAACGCAGGUCCGAGGCUACUGCACCCUACUGCUGCUGGAGAAACACUCGCCGCUGCGGGGAACGCGUGCGUACACCUGGAGGACAGCAAAGGAGAGCUCCGCUCCUCUCUACCGGAGCCGAACCGCCUACUAUGACAUUCUGAAAGUUUCCCCGAACGCCACGCAGGCGCAGAUCAAGAGCGCGUAUUAUAAACAGUCCUUUGUAAACCACCCGGACCGGAACCGCAGCGAGGACGCGGCGCGGCUCUUCGCGCUCGUCGCUGAAGCCUACAGUGUGCUCGGCAACAGCGGCCUCAGGAAGAAGUACGACCGUGGCGUACUCAACCAGACCGACGUGCAGAACGCCGGCAGACCUUCAUCCUCACACGCGUCAAACCCCCAGAGCCAGCGGCCUCGACGCGCCCCUGACGCGAACGUUCACUUCGACUUUGACGCGUUUUAUCAGGCGCAUUACGGCGAGCAGCUGCAGAGAGAAAAGCAGAUGAGAUACAGACGAGAACAACAGCGGCAGCAGCAGCAGGACAAAUUAAGAAAGUGGAAACUGAUGAAAAUGAACGAAGUGACGGUUGCGUUUCUGCUGCUUUUUGGAGGCGUCAUUCUUAUAAGCCUGAGAUCUUGAAAGAAUAGUGCACUUGAAUUGCGACGGGAUUUGAUUGUAAAUGGUUGUUAGAUCUGAACUUUUUUAACCAUGAAA